CUGGAUCGAGUCGAAAGAGACAGAGUGAGAGUGAGAGAGGAGAAAGAGAGAGAACUGUACCAAGUAGGAGGAACGAUCGAGCGAGGGAACGAAGGAAAGAACGUAAAAUGAGUGCAGCUGCUUCCCAAAAUUCUUCAGUUGCUCGAUGGAUGGAUCACCACCACCCUCCGUCGAAGUUGAGUUCCUCCCGUUCCUCCUUUUGAGGGUCACAAAGUGAGUGAGCGCCCGUACUGCUCGAACGAGGAGACGUGUUGUUGGCCGAACCCACCACGCUCCUCGGAUUCCCAAAGCCGGCUGAGACCGAAUGGAAUAACAACACUCGCACCAUAACCACCACCACCACCACCACCAAUAUCGCUGCGAAUCCGAGCGCAGAGCACACCACCAAUUCGAGAACAGCAGUCGCAUAUCGGUUCACCUUUGGGUAACUUCAUGAGACUACUAUCCGCUCCAGAGAGAGGGUGAGAGAACAACCCAAUGAGUGUUGUGAACCAUUAUUACGUGAACUGAAGACUCUCUGGAAUCGGUAGUUCGGUUCGGUUCCGAGUGAGCCCCAAGACCACAACCAACCGCAAGAAAAAGACGUCCAAAAGACGUCCAAGUCAGUGAAAGAGUGAAGAAGCUAGUUGUUUUCAGGUGGUGGUGUGUUCUAGUAGCCACUCACUUCAGUCUUGGAAAGAGGCACCGCUCAGGUUAAGCAGAGCACAAGAUUUUUGCUUGGGAUGGUGGAAAAUCACCACUACUGAGAGUCGUGGUUAUGUGAGUGUGUGAGGCACGAGUCCACAAGUCCUCAAAGCACUCUUCUGGAAGCUGAAGGAGAAGAACAAGAACAAGAAGAAGAAGGAGAAGAAAAAAAAAACAAGCCACCGAUCUUCAUCAGUGUCGCUCGGACCAUCUUCCAGAGUAAAGAACCAAGUGCUGCUGGUGAUGGUCGAAGAAAUCUUGGAACAAGCCUUUGAUGCCGUGUCACGGAGUGAACACUCGCCAUAAGAAAGUCAAGCGGGGAGCAUUGUCAUCAUCCAGAGUGUCGUGGUCUUAGUGGUGGGUGCCUCACCAAAUCGCUGCUCAGCCAAGCACUUCGAGACAAGAAGUGUGCAAGCGAUUCUUCCAGCGAUAAAUCUCCAUCCUUGAUCAGUGAAGCAAAAUUGCGGUGGCACCGCUCUCCAAUCGGUUUCUCGCAUUUCAUCCCCAAAGGUUCUACUCUAACAUUGAAGCGAUCUGGCUAGCAUGUCCGAGAAACCAGCCUCCAAUUGUCACCUACUACGUCAAUUAGAAACGAUGAAGUAGCUUGUUAUGCUCAACACUCGAGGGUCCUCCGGUUCGAACCCCAGUCCGCCCACCUCACAGUCCAUGUCUCCAAACUCCUUGUCUGUGCGCACUCUAUGCCCAUUCUUUCAGGACAAGGAUCAGACCGCCAACAGCAUGAUGAUUCUUUUAAAGUCAUGAGCUCCAGCACUGCCACCAGUCGCGAUGAUGGGGGUGGAGGGGGCCAGGGUGGAGGGGGUAAUGGCCUGGCGAAAUCUGGCCCACAGAGUCCUCCCAACCCGAGACAGCUGCUCUCUCGACUGGCUCAAGCCGAAGCGGCUGUCCGCCUUCAACAACAACAACAACAAACACCCCCAAAGCUAUCGUCCCUGGGAGAGCCUUCAUCGCCCUUCCCACUGAGUCAACUCGCCUCUUCACCCUUAGGGUCACCUGGUCGCGAUCAUAUUUUGCUCAAUGGGAAAAGAGUCUCAUCGUCCAUGACCACAAUGAGUAGUUGUAGUGCCACUAGUGCCUUGGCAGCAGCCAUUUCUUCGACAAAAACAAGCUCGAUCACCUCUCAAGACGGAGUUUUAGUGGGUGCUCAUCUGAAAACUGUUUCCACCAAAAUUUCCUCGUCGAUAUCAUCGCAUGUUGUCGUUAAAGAGGAGGAGGAUCGGGGUUCACCAUCCUCGCUCGUUUCGCCAUCAUUGACAAUUGAUGAACGAAGUGACAAAGAGAAUGAAGAGGACAGACAGAAAGGAAGUAGCAGACAAGACGGGGAUAACAAUAAGAAAGUGCAAAAUAAUAAUACAUCCUCUUACGCACCGGGGGGAGGUCGAUUAAAAUUCUACAAAGAUGGUCGGUGCCUGUUAGAGUUGUCUCAUCGAUCCAAUGGCGAUCAAAGUGAAAUGUGGGCACCCGUCACGAAGAAAGUGUUUUGGCCUCCAACCAGUGCAUCCGUCGGUGGAUCCAAUCCUCCCAGUAGUUUGCCUCCUACUACUACCACGCCCAUCCCGUCCUCCACCCUAGUCAAGUCGGAGAAUGGAUCUGCAUUGAGUGAUACCACCAGUACCGUUGAUGCAGCGUCGAUACCUUCGCCAUGGCACACCUCAGCCGCCAUGCUUCAUCGAGCCAAAAGUGAUCCACUCCGAUUGGACCUGGCCAAAUUGCCAGGAGACGUUCGGAGAGAUCUGAGUUUCGUCAUGAAACCCCCUCCUGCAGUGCACUCGAUCAUGAGAAAGUUCAAGCAUCUGCGGAAGAAGCACCGACGACCUUACCAGCCCAUCGUCAUUGGGAAUCUUCUGAUGAAGAUGGAGACUCAAGCUGUGAUAAGCCGAGUCAAACGACGACCCUACGAAAUGGAUCGCAUCAAGCAGGCCUCGAGGCUCGAGUCAUUUGUGUCAAAGAUUAACUCGCUGCCCAAGAAGAAGCCCAUCUUUCAGAUUCAAUCUUGGGAUGGCACGAAAUUAGACAACAACCCAAGACCAACGCAUCCCCCCUCCAAGCGGAUGAACACCAAUACCCAUGUGGGCAAUGGUCCAAACCUCAUUAGUACUCAUCCAACGACGGGCGUGACGCGAGUCAAAAGCGAGUUGUGUCCAGUCACCGAGACCUGCACGGCAGCCACCAUGCCUUUGCCCUCGCAAACCGGCGGAGGCUCGAGGAAUUCAGGUCCCAAUAAGAUGAAGGCUGAACAACACCGAGGGUCUUUGGGCAAGGUUCCCCACAUGUCCCCGUACCUGCCGGGCAGUCAGAAGAUGAUGCCAAUCACAGCCAUUCCGGCCCGAAUCAAGUCAGAGGUGGGACCCCAAUCCAUCAUCAGCUCCAGUCAUGUCAUGCCGGACAUGCAUCGAAUCAAGAUGGAAAUUAGCGGCAACCCCGGAUCGGGCUUACUUAAUCGAUCGCUCCCCAACAUGUCAGUGUCCCAUUCCAUGUCUCCCGGGUUGGAUCCUCGAGAGCCGAGUUUCAUUUCUCCCAGGAAGAGGCUUCUCCAUCACAGUUUCGACGUGGGCAAGAAUGGCAGCUCCCCGGCCAAGAAGCAUAGACUGAGCACAGACUCGAGGGGAAGUGCCGGCAGUAGCGACGGGACUAGUUCGCCACAUGUUCCCAUUCGCAAUGCCUGUCAGUCCCCUCGAGCGUCAUCCGGCUCACCUUUCAACCUGCCGGCCUUGGCCGCGUCUCCGCCCCGUGCUCCGGUGGGAAAAUCCAAUAGUUUCAGUAUUGAUUCGAUCAUGAAUAAAGGUGACCAAGAGAACCGUCUCGUACGACCACGGCCAAUUCCGGCCAGUCCCGCUCGCGUGAGUGACAUCAAGCGAGACAUGGACAUGGAGAGCAAUUCUUCGAGGUCCCCAACGCCAGCCUCUUCUGUGAUGAGUGGGAUGCGAGCCUCGCCUGUCAGAACGCGAUCUCCCCCCAAUGUGCAAUUAUCGACCUAUGCCGCACGUUCUGGCGCCGAGGUUCCGUACAUUGAUCCGUACGUGGCUCACUUGGCCGGAGUAGCGGCAGACCCGAGGCUGGGCCUGAACCACGCCAACUCGAACCUACGCGUUCCGUACUCAUUGGGGUCGAUGAUGAAUCCCCUGUUUCACCAGCAGAUGUUAGCCAAUAAUGCCGUGUCCUCUCUGGCCGCAUCUCAGCUGGCGGCUGUGAGCGGGCUUUGGACUCCCCCCGUGGUCACGUCCUCGGUGGCUAACCUGGGCAUGGGCAAUCCAACCAGUCAGGCAUCUCCAUUACCCUCACAUUUGAUCUCAACCCCCAAGACGAUGCACGGAUCCAUGAUGGGCGGAGACCGUGUUCUGGGCAGUGGCAAUAGUUGGUCCACCCCUCAAUAUCGGGGUGCUCCCCGGGUUGCCACACCAGAGAGACCCAUCGAUGUUAGUUCUACAGACGAUGUUCCAUUGGACUUGUGCACCAAGCGAUGAUCCUCAAUCUCAUUACAUAUCGGCAUACGCUUACCUCUCCGUUGAUCUCAGAGACUGUCCCGCGAUGGUUGGAAUCGUCUCAGUCUCAUAACGAAGCACCCCUCAAAUGAGAUCUCAAAUCCAACUUGCCUUCAAGUAACCAACCACCGUGGCGGGGACCAAUUCAGAUUCGAUGCUCCGUUUGGUUGCCAAUCAUUUCUUCACGAACCGUAUCCACGUUUUAGGCACACGACGUUAUUCUAGUGGAUAUGAUGAACUUUACACACAUCGUUCCUUCUUUCUCUCUGUCCCCUUCUAUUUUAAUUGGCCUUAUUCAGCAUUGAGGGCCAAUUUUGUGAUAUCAGAUGAUUAAGGUCUUAUUUCCACGUGCCUACCAACGCUCUUUCAGAGAAAAUAUAAACCAUCCUGAACAUUGCA